AUUUCAUCUGGAAAAACGAAUCUACAGGUUUUAGAGUAUAUAUAAAAUUUUCAGAUAAUACUAUAUAUGCAUAUAUAUGCUUAUACGAAAAGAUUGACAAACGAUGCAUUAACAUCCUUAAAAAAGUGUAUUUCUUUUAAUAUGCAGUCAACUUAAGGUGACAAAUAAUACCAGUGCAGUGAACAGACUUCAUAGAUAAUUCCUAAGUAUUUAAGACUGCCUGUCAUGUAGACAAUAGCAUGUCAUAGAGAUUCCAGGAGAAGAUAAAUCAUUGUUAAGCUUAGAGCUCCAUUAUUUGUAGUUCUGUGUUGAUUCAGCUAUAUGAAAUAUCUUGCAGCAGGCAACGGCCUAAAAUAUUAUAACAUAUUUCUCAUUGUGCUUGACUGGACCAGGCCUAGUCUAUAUUCUUUGUUAAUAUUGUUAAUUCCACAGAAGUACAGUUUAUAUAGUCAACUAAAAUAAUAAAUAACGAACUAUUACAAAAAAGACAAAAAUAAAUCUAUCAAAAUGGCAAGCAACUCUAGGAAGAAAGUUCUCCUUGGUUGUACUGGUAGUGUAGCCACAAUUAAAUUGCCACAGUUAAUAGAAAAGUUAUGGCAGAACAAUUUGGAUGUAAGGGUAGUGGUUACUGAGAAAGCUAAGCAUUUCUUGAAAGAGGCGGAAUUGCCUUGUGGAAUUCAAGUUAUAUCAGAUACAGUAGAAUGGGCUGCCUGGCAAGAUAGAGGUGACCCGGUGUUGCAUAUCGACUUAGUGAAGUGGGCUGAUUUAUUCUUAAUCGCCCCAUUAGAUGCUAACACACUUGGUAAGAUAGCUAGUGGUAUAUGCGAUAAUAUUUUGACUUGCGUCGCACGUGCCUGGAAUCCUUCAAAGCCAUUGGUGUUUUGUCCUGCUAUGAAUACAAAGAUGUGGGAACACCCUGUUACUGCACCACAGGUAACUUUACUCAAGUCCUGGGGGUACAAGGAGGUUACUUGCAUUUCUAAAACACUUAUGUGUGGUGAUAGUGGAAUGGGUGGCAUGGCAGAAGUAGACACUAUUGUUCAUACUACAUUGAGAUUGCUUAAUCCUUGGGACCCAUACUCACCACCUGAUCUACGUCUUUAGCAUGAGAGAAAAGUAACAAAAUAUUCAACGAAGCUUUAUUAUCGUACAGAUUAAAUGUAAAAUAUUUUAUGGAGGAACUAAAAGAUAGAGUGUUAAUAAUGCGUAUUAUGGCCGAACUUAAAUUGGGCUCACAGUCAAAUUCAAGUCCAAUGACAAGUUUUAACUUGUGUAAUUACGCUUUUCUGAAUGCACUGUGGUCGCGACAUUUUGUUGCUCAACUGAAAUGUUCUUGGAAUAUUCGCACCAAAGGGAAUAAGCAAAGCAGAGUCUACACAUCAAAAUGGAAUGUAAAGAUUGUAAAGGAGAUUCUGUUCACAUAUCUUUUGGAGUUGGUCAGUCAAAUAAAAGUGUACAUGUUUUUGUUAAAUAUAUGAGUUAAAUAAU